ACGGGCGCCGCUCACCUGCUACGGCCGCACCCGCGCGCGCCGGGGGCGGGGCUGCGGCCUCCUAGCGCUGCCGCGGAGCUGCGGGCGCUGAGCGGGGCCGGUGGUGGAGCCGCGAUGGCGUGCGGGGGUUUCGCCUGCUCCAAGAACUGCCUUUGCGCCCUCAACCUGCUCUACACGCUGGUGAGCCUGCUGCUGAUUGGAAUUGCGGCAUGGGGAAUCGGCUUUGGCCUCAUUUCUAGUUUCCGAGUUGUAGGAGUGGUAAUUGCUGUAGGAGUCUUCCUCUUCUUUAUUGCCUUAGUUGGAUUGAUCGGUGCGGUGAAACAUCAUCAAGUAUUGCUGUUCUUUUACAUGAUUAUUCUUCUGCUAGUCUUUAUUGUCCAGUUUUCUGUCUCCUGUGCCUGUUUGGCACUAAACAAGGACCAGCAGAGUGAACUGCUAGAGGUGGGAUGGAAUAACACCAACAGUGCAAGAACAGAUAUUGAGAGAAAUCUGAAUUGUUGUGGAUUUAGAGCUUUUCAUCUGAAUGAAACCUGUGCAGCUGAUUGUUUUAGAGCUCGCCAGUGUAAACCAUGUGCACCGAUAAUAGAGGAAUAUUCUGGAAUGGUGCUGAGAUUUGUUGGAGGCAUAGGACUUUUCUUCAGUUUCACAGAGAUUCUGGGAGUUUGGCUGACUUAUAGAUACAGGAACCAAAAGGAUCCCCGUGCAAACCCUAGUGCAUUUCUUUGAUAAGCUUAUAAAGGACUGAAUCUUCUCUCUGCACCCUCUACUUAAAAAUACUGAUUCUCCAUAGUUUGAUAUUUCUCCAUAAUAGGAAUUCUACAUGUACCCAAAAUAAAAUUUAAUUUCCAUAAGAAAUGUGUAGUUUUCAUAUUUAAUUUCCACUUUUUUCUUCUAAGAAUCUCUAUCUUAAAGUAGAUGGGUGCAUUCAGUAGCUGGGCAGAGUUUAACUGCUGGUUAAGUAACUCUCUUGAGACUUUGUUAAUUGAUACAGUGAACUCUAAACAGUGAGUUUUAUAGCACUACUGGCUUAUCUGGUGUCAAAAAAAACCCAGAAGUAUUUUCUGCUGUAUUCACUGAUUACAAAAAUUCACAUGCAUUCUCAUUAAAAUGAUAAAAAUGUAUGGUGGAUGGUUGGGUAUGAUUUGCCUAGGUUUUAGGAUGAACUCUAGUAAACUUUUUUGUCUCCAUUUUCCUGUUAAGGUAAAAGUAGAAGCUAAAGAUGUUAUUUUCUGUAGUGCACAUACAUGUAUGUUAAUGACUACUGUAGUCUUCACCCUUCCCCUUCCCUGUUUGUUUAGGCUUUCUGUAGCUUUAGAAUUUUGUUGAAAAUAAAAAAUAAUUUUAAUGGAUAUUGUCACUACGAGAACAAUGAAUGAAGAAAACCAGGAGAAUGUAAUCUGCAGCUGAUUAACUUGAAACUUUUUUUUCUUUGACAAGUGAAUGAAGUCUGGUAUUUGCACAAUCAAUGUUGGAAUCAAUGUCUGUCAUCUCUGAUGUAAGAAACUUGAUGUCUGGAAAGUUGUUGUACAGUUACUUUUUUUGGAUGGUGUAAAAUUAUUGUUGUAAUAACUCAGCAGUGUAUAUUUCUCUGUCAUCCAGAUAACAGUCUUGAUUUCAUGAGAGAUUGAAUGAUGUGUAAAAAAGAAAGAACAAACAAACAAAGAUGGUUUCCAGUAGUUUGUUUUCUAAUAACAAAGAAAAGAAUUCAAGUUAGAACAGUAUGUUAUCCAUGUAGUAAGUAUUGUCUGAGGUGAAGGAAAGUAUGGUCCCUCUUCCUGGCUGUACCAGAAGUGUUGCAUCAGCUGGAAACAGCAGACAUCUAAGCACCUGAGUUGCAUAAUGUUCCAUUUGUUUCUAAUCACACUGAACUGCAGAGCUGUGCUCCACUUUCAUUUAGUUGCUGCUUCUGGUGUGGUAGGCAGCUGCUGUAGCCUGAUAGACGGCUCUGCAGGAAGAAGAGGGGAAGACUAUUAUGGACCUCUGCCAAGGAAUACAGCACCUGAGUGGGAUGGAAAGGAAAUCAAUGAAGGUUCUCAUAGUCUCCCUUUACUAGGGGGAUGCCUCCUUAUCCUGCAGAGGAGGCAAAAAUUUUCAGACUUUCCCAGGCUGUGUGCUCCUGAAGAAGGGAUUAUCUCUGAGGUUUUGAAGGGGGAGAGCGGAACCUGAAUGCAGAGGGAUGUCAGGAACUUGCUAGAACUGCUGCUCUUCAGGUGUAGCUGGUUCAAUAUCCGUGGUCAGCGCCACCUCCUGGUGCUGCUCUGAGUUCCUGCUGUGCCUGUCCAGCUGUUAUUUGGCUUGAGCACAUACUUGCACUUUCAGGGUAAGAGCUCUUGUGCUGAAAGACCUUAAGAACCUUUAGACUUACAUUACACUUCAGUAAGUGUAUGCAGCGCUUUCCCACCCCCUGCUGUUACUGUCCUUUUUAAACAAUUAGCUGUUCUCAGUAUAUGUCAAGAGGACAGUGAUGGUCUUGUGGCUGUCUUUAGGAACAGUUCAUUUUCCUGGUCGAGACAGGCUGUGUAUUUUGUACACUGCAGUAAAAAAUUCAAGGAAGAGUCAUAGGGAGAGAGUUAAUGAAAAUUAAAAUAAUACCAUAUUGCUGCUUCA